AUGCACGAUAACCCCAGCGUGGAGAAGCAGAGCGCGGACAAGCAGGGCACAGAUUCCGUCGUGUUGAUUCCUCAACCAAGUACCCAUCCUCGGGAUCCUCUAAACUGGAGUUUAAGCCGCAAGUAUAUAGUUCUGUCUGUGCUAUGUCUUGCCUCGUUCUCUGGUGCUAUUGCGCCCCUUUCGGGACAACUGAACUUGGCUGAUCAGGAGAAAUUGUACCACAAGUCUAAACUAGAGGAGACAUAUGCCAACUCUGCUGCCCUGGCCGGUAUGGCAGCCGGUCCAUUCUUUUUCGCGCCGGUCUCGUAUGUGUUCGGGCGCAGCUCCACGAUCUUCUGGUGUGUACUUUGCACGUUAGUUUGUCAGAUCUGGGGCGCCGUCAUGACCGGUGCAGAUGAUUAUAUCCCAUUUAUUAUCUCCCGUCUUUUCGCCGGCUUCUUCGGUGCUGUGCCUACUGUGCUUGGCCCUCGCAUCGUCAUCGAUAUGUUCUUCUUGCAUCAGCGAGGCCGUGCAUUCACUGUCCUGCACAUGGCGUUCCUUUUCGGAACCAUUGCCGGUCCAACGUUCUCGGGUUUCGUCUCGGCGCACUCUUUCUUUCCCGUGGAGUUUUGGUGGACAGUUGGCUUGUUGGGCUUCACGCUUGUUUGUUGCUUCUGUUUUCUUGAGGAGACUGGGUUUGAUCGCGAGUCCCUGGACCGUAACCCUGAAGUUCAAAGUGGAAUUGUGGCAAAUAGAAUCGCAACGUUCUUCUUUGGUCAGAGGGUUGUGUUGCCGACUACCUGGAGGGAAACGGCCAAGGUGGCGGUUACACCUUUCCUGAUUGGAAUUUGUCCAGUCACCAUCAUCAUGGGUAUCUUUACCCUCAUCUCUUUCGGGUUUUACGUGGGUGUCAACGCCCUCACCCCAGUAUGGCUUCAAAAGCCCGUGUCAGCAGGUGGUUAUGGCUUCUCGCUGGAGCAAAAUGCCGCCUUUACCUUUUGUCAUUGGAUUGGCAUUAUCUUUGUUCAGUUCUACGGCCACUGGUUAAACGACAAGCUCCCGCUUGCACUGGCACGGCGAUACAAUGGCGGUGUUUGGAAGCCCGAAUAUCGUCUACAUGUACUGUGGCUUCCUAGUCUUAUUCUCAACCCAAUCGGCUUGGGUAUCUUUGGUGCUGCUCUGCAGUAUCACCUGCACUACAUGGUUUUGGCACUUGCAGUGUUCAUUGUUACAAUUGGCUCGCUUGCCAGUGUCCCUGUCACAGUCAACUACGUUGUCGAGUGCUUUACAAAGUAUCCGGCGGAGGCAGGUAUUGUGAUCGGCGCUUAUCGUAUUGUUUACGGAUUAACGAUCAGCUUCUACAUCAACCCUUGGGUUGAAGCUGUUGAUGUCGGGUGGGUCUAUGGUAUGAUGGCGUUCUUUGCCGUUUUUUCUUUCAUGUUUGUUAUGUUGCUCAUGUGGAAAGGACAUGUUAUCCGCAAGAUGCAGUUCGUGAGCCUUGGGUCUAGUGAGGAGGGUAGAAGGCUGGUGGGAGAAUAA